AUGGACGGCGCCAGCGACGCCGAGCGGGAUCACGCCCUUGAAGAUUAUAAAAAGAGCUUGCUGGAGCUACGAGAAUGGGAGGCGAAGCUAAAGACUCUUCGUAUGGGUAUCAAGGAUCUCCAGCGCGAAUUCGACAUCUCCGAAGAGAACAUCAAGGCACUACAAAGUGUUGGUCAGAUCAUCGGUGAAGUGCUAAAGCAGCUAGAUGAGGAACGAUUCAUCGUCAAGGCAUCCUCAGGACCCCGAUACGUGGUUGGCUGUCGUUCCAAGGUCGACAAGGCUAAGAUGAAGCAGGGCACGCGUGUGGCCUUAGAUAUGACAACACUUACCAUCAUGCGGAUGCUUCCCCGUGAAGUUGAUCCCUUGGUCUACAACAUGUCUUUGGAGGAUCCCGGUCAGGUCAAUUUCGCUGGAAUUGGUGGUCUCAACGAUCAGAUCCGAGAGCUGCGUGAGGUUAUCGAGUUGCCAUUGAAGAAUCCUGAACUGUUCCACCGAGGAGUUCUGCUCUAUGGUCCCCCUGGUACUGGUAAGACACUGCUUGCCCGAGCAGUAGCCAGUUCCAUCGAAACCAACUUCUUGAAAGUUGUAUCGUCCGCUAUCGUUGAUAAGUAUAUCGGUGAAUCCGCUCGAUUGAUCCGAGAGAUGUUCGGCUACGCCAAGGAACACGAACCCUGCAUCAUCUUCAUGGAUGAAAUUGACGCCAUCGGAGGUCGACGAUUCUCGGAGGGUACAUCGGCGGAUCGUGAAAUUCAACGAACACUGAUGGAGUUGCUGAAUCAGCUGGAUGGAUUCGAUUACUUGGGAAAGACAAAGAUCAUCAUGGCCACCAACCGACCUGAUACCCUUGACCCGGCGUUGCUGCGUGCUGGUCGUCUGGACCGCAAGAUUGAGAUUCCUCUGCCUAAUGAGGUCGGCCGUUUAGAGAUUCUGAAGAUUCACUCUAGUACGGUGCAAUUGGAUGGUGAUAUUGACUUCGAGAGCGUGGUCAAGAUGAGUGAUGGUCUCAACGGUGCCGAUCUGCGUAACGUGGUGACCGAAGCUGGUCUGUUCACUAUCAAGGAUUAUCGCGAUGCCAUCAACCAAGAUGAUUUCAACAAGGCAGUACGGAAGGUGGCUGAGGCGAAGAAGCUGGAGGGCAAGCUGGAAUACCAGAAGCUGUAA